GCCGCGUCUUGUCAUCAUCACCCAGGCCUCAACGAAGGACAAGAACAAAGUAGACAUGAUCGAGAGAAGCACAGUCAUUAGAAUGCGGAUUCUUUUUUUCAAGUUGCGGAGUAUGAUAGGGAAUUUUAUGAAGAGGCAAUUGAGGAGUUGUAUCGAGAGGGGAACGGACUCGGUGGCAGCUGUGAUCGAAAACGCUCACGCAGUAACACGGAAUUGCUCAUAAAUUAAUUUGAUAACAACAGGCGCGGACUACAGAUUAGAGCGCUGGGUUACAUAGAACUGGGUUCUCCAGUGGGGUAAAGCGAGGCAGUUUUGUUGUCUUUGCUGUGGUCGAUGGUAAACAGAAUUUCGCAGGUGUAGCUCCAGUCGAACAGCUAAUGACUCAUAUUUGAAUUCCGGGAAGAAAAAAUAUUAACGGUUCAUUUUAAGGAAAGGUCUGACAUCAUUACGAUCGGGGUGUGAUUCAUGGCCUUGAGGCCAUCCCGUGUCCGUGGUCAAGUUUGCAACUGGAGACGCGAGGCGAAUCAGAUUCAAAACAUACGAUUUCGUGAACAUAAACUGGUGAAGAAUAUAGGAGAAUCAAAAAGAAAAAAUGCAUCGUGGAAUAAUGACAGAUACCAUCGAAUAAUGGUGACCCAAACCCAGGUCGUUGAGUCGGCGUUUGGAGGCAUCUAGCGUGUGUCAUCUGUGUCAUGCCAUCGAUCCAGGACAUAAAGUUUAAAAUCUCAA